AUGCACUGUCUCGGGUAAAGUUGCAUUACCAGGAAAAUGGGUGGAUGCACUACCACAGAGAUAUACUACCCGGAAAGAAAAGAAUAAUGGGACAAAAUCAACAGCAAAACAACGACUCCAGUUUUACUUUAAAAAAGAAGCAAAUAGGCAGAGAAGAAACUUCCAAGAAAAAAAACUAAAGAAUCAACUCGCAAAACAUCUCUCAGAACGAGUGUAA